UGUAUAAUGCUUUAAUUUAGCCACCUCUGCCCUGACAGCUGCAAGGUGUGUUUAACAAAUUCAGUCUUGCCAGAAGGCUUAUGUUACUCCCAGAGACUGUGCUCUAGGCAUGGGCCAGCAGAAGAAUUAAGGCAAAAUCCUCCCUUGCCUUACUGCGAAACAAGAACCGGAGGAGACCACACGUGGGUAAUGAGCUUUUGGGAGAAGGGAAGUAUUUGCUGCUCUUCUCUUCCACCAGGUCACGCUGUGUUCCAAUGACGUGGGACAGUACGACUUGAUAUGGUGGUGGACGUGGAUGGUUUUGGCAAGGAGGUGUUGGCUCUGUGCCUCAAAGCCAGGGUCAUCUCUUUGCCCAGAUGUGUCGUUCCUGAGCUGCGUUUGCUCUUCUCCCCCCUCGACUGUGGACCGUGCUCUGCAAAGGUCCCUUGCCAGAAGACGCUGAUCCUUGUGAACCCGAGCCCCCUUCCAGGAUGCUACAGAGUUCUCCCUCAGAGACACCAAGAGGCCGCUGCUCUGUGGUACUCCAGCCCCAAGCCGUGUGGGAUUAUCCAGGGUCACAAUGUGGUGGAGAUCCCCAUUACAGCUGAAGUCCAGGCAGUGGGUGCUCCUUCCAUCCCGGUGGAUAUCGCCGUGUUCGGGAAGGAGACAUCCCCACUGCAAAUGCGUUUCAUGUGCACUGGAAAGACGCCGCUUGUCUACGCAAGUGUGAAUAAGAUAAACUUGGGCGAGAUCCAAGCGAUACAGGAGACUUCCCAAACUCUCCAGCUGUGCAAUCAGGAUCUCAUCCCUGCAGCCUUCAGAGCAGAGAUCGAUGGCAAAUGCUGGAGUAUUGAACCCAGGGAAGGAGUGGUCCCUGCCAAGGCUGAGGUUCCUGUGGUUGUCACGGCAAACCUGGGUGACACAGGGAGAUUUGAAGACAGCAUGAAGCUGUUCAUUGAGAACAGCCUUACCAGUGUCAUCCCCAUCCAGGCUGUGGGCACUGGCACCACAAUUGCCAUUGACAAACCGUUUGCGCCGAAGCUGAAUUUGGAACCCCAGUUCAACCUCGUUCCCUGCGUUUUCCGGUUCAACGUGACAAACAAGGGGCGUCAGUUCCAGCGGCUGUACUGGGGCCCAGAAGGUUUCAGCCCCUUUCGACAGCGUCAUCCUCUCCCUGCCCUCUGUGUCACCAAGGGCAAAAACGCUUCCCAGAGACACACCACCCCCGUAUUUAAGCUGCGGCCACGGAGUAUGAAUCUGCAGCCAGGCCAGACUAUGGAGCUGGUGCUGGAAGGCUUCUCCAGCACUGUCCAGCUACCAAACCCCAAUGCUGAUCCCAAAAUACGGGCUGAAGGAAGUAUUGCUUCUUGGGGGCAAACAGGGGGUUACCGGGGUUACCAGUGUCACCUGCUGAGGCACAAAGGAAGGGCAGAGAAAAUAGGUUACGCGUAA